GUCAUUUGAAGUGCCAUUUAAGGUUUUCGUUAGGUUUGGAAUGAACGCCAACAAGGAUGAAGCACAGAAAUGUGUCUUUAUUGCUAGAAAACGUUUAGUCACAGGGGAUCGUGAUGGUGCAAAAAAGUUUCUCCUAAAAGCCAUAAAAUUAGAUCCGUCAACCAACAUAGAAGGACUGGAGUUUUUAGUAAGACCUAGGUCUCGUUCGUCUAGCACGAAAAAAGGCUCCCAAGAAAAUGAAGGUCCUGAUUCUGGCGCCGAAUCUAACAGAAAUAAGCAACCGGAUAAAGAGUUUACUAAGACCCAAAUAGAUUCGUUGAGGAAGGUACUUUCUUGCAAAGAUUACUACGAAAUUCUUGGAGUGUCGCGAACUGCAUCAGACGAGGAAAUUAAGAAGGCUUUUAAACUUCAUGCCCUCAAGUUUCAUCCUGACAAAAACAGGGCCCCGGGUGCAGCAGAAGCGUUUAAAAAAAUCAAAAAGGCAUAUGAAGUGUUGACAGAUCCGGAGAAACGCCAGCGCUAUGAUCAAUACGGUGCGGAAGAAGAGCAAAUCAGGGCUCCUCAAGUUCAUCGGCACGGGGACACGUUCUUUCAAUAUGAUGCUGAUGUCUUCACCAUGUUUUUCAACGGGGGCUUUCCGUUCUCACAAGUAUAUCGUGAUCAUCGCCACCGGCCUCAUAGGUCACGAGAAUCAGAGCGUGAAGAGGUUUUAUGAUUAGUACACCAGCAUUCUUAUUGGCCCUUUUUUCAGAGUAACUACUUCGUAUACGUCCAGUUGAUCCCUCUGAUAAUUUUGUUUGGCCUAUCUUUCUUCAGUAAUCUUUUUGUAAAGGAUCCAUACUUCAGCCUGACUAAAUCAAAUAAAUACUACAUGGAACGUCAUACUGGAACACAUAAGGUACCUUAUUUCGUCAAGAAAACAUUCGAACAAGACUUUUCUGGCAAUAUUAUUCAUUUAGAAAGUCAAGUAGAAGAAGAAUAUAUCAGCAACCUUCGAUUCCGAUGUUUCCGAGAAAAAGAUUAUAAGGAGAAUCUCUUAUUCCGUGCUAGAUAUUAUGGUGAUGAUGCUAGUUACGAUAGAGCUAUGCAACUCCAUAUGCCGAAUUGUGAUCGUCUAUCAGAAAUAUUGGCUACAUAAUAUAAUAUAGUUGUGUUAUGCAUAUUGUCAUAACUAUUUGUGAAAUUAAUUUCCCCUUGUCUACCAUAAUAAGUAAUCAUUUAAAUUCCCGGCUAAUCAACCGUUAGUUCAUACAACAUACACCAAUACCAUAACCUGAAGAAUGACAAAUAAUCUUUGUUUUUAGUGACUAAAUAAUUAAAUAUCAUCUCCAGUUUCUUUUCUUAAUUAUUUAGAAGUCAUUUAAAACUAAUAUGCUUCAUAAAACUACCUUAAGUAAUUUCUUGUAAUCUGUAUAUAUGUCUACAAGAUAAAGGAAAUUAUCCACGUAUGUAUAGUUUUUUGAGCCAAGUGAGUAGUUAACGUCCUAGCAUUCAUCUUUUCACGUCUUUGUGAAAGAAAUGUGACGAUGUUUUAUAUUAAAAACCACAUGUGAUAAAUAACAACUGUUGGAUUUCUCAAUGAAUCGUAAGCGCAUAUUGCUCUAAUUUUAUUAAGAUUUCUGAAUCAUUUUCAAUGACGAAAUAUGUUUAAACAGUGUUUUCACUCUUCCUUUCUGAUUCUUAUUUCACUAUGUUUUGUACAAGAACCAUAGCAUAGACGCUAUUCGUUUGUUGUGAUUUGGAUGGUUUCAAUGCAUAAUUAUUAAAGGAU